ACGCCAAGAUUUUUUUUUUUUUUUACAACCACUAGCUGCACGCCAACUUACCCUGCCGUGACGUGGCGAGCCUUCUUAUGCGCCCAUGCCCAUCUCACUCACUCUCACAGUGUAGCUCUCACUACCACAGCACGCAGCAGCCGAGUGCACGCCAGCACAGCCACCAACCAGCCAGCGGCCAGCCGAUGGGCAAGUGCGUCAGGAUCCGCGGCAGGAAGCCGCCGUCGUCGCCGGGCGAGGCGGCGGCGUACCUCACGCUGCGGAGCGGCCGCCGCGUGCCGGUGGCGGCCGCCGCGUGCAGCCCGCCGGGCAGGCGCCGCGGAUCAGCCUGCCGCCGCCGGUGCGGCAACAAGGCCGCGUGCGGCAGCCCCGGCCGGCGCAAGAGCGCGGAGCUACCGAGCCGGCCGGCACUCGACGGCGGCGCCCGGCCGGAGGAGGAGCUGCCGCCGCCGCAGGCGAGCCCCGUUGCCCACGACGGCGUCGACGGCGACCGUGGAGACAGCUCCGGAGCGAACACGGCCUUCUCCGACGACGGCGUGGUGCAAUUGAAUCGCGAGCCCGAGAGCAAGGCCGGCGUCGCAGGCCAGCCGUUGCCGUCGCCGUCGCCGCCGCUGGAGGCCGAGAUGGAGGCCUUCUUCGCCGCGGCCGAGCUCGCCGAGCGCCGGCGAUUUGCAGAGGCGUACAAUUACGACGUCGCCCUCGACCGCCCGUUGGAAGGCCGGUUCGAGUGGACGCCGGUGAGCACGUGAGGGGACGGAGCAGGGGGGCAAAACUGUCAACCCGUAGAUCGCAAGGAAUGCUUCUUCUUCUUCGAGCUACCAUGGUGAACUGGAGUUAGUCCUUGACUCUCCUACUGAUGAUCACUCCCUCAUGUCGUUUAGAGAAUUUCACUGCUUCUCUAGCACCUCUUGUGAUCUUGUCAUCGAUCAGUUGUCACUACUUACUAGUAGCUAGCUAGCUAGGAAUAGUUGCCAUGGUUCAGUUGUUCAUCGGUCGUCGAUCUAUCACUGUACUGUCUCUGACAACCAUAUAGUAUGUGUAUAGGAUGGAUAAGGUGAUCCAUUGGAGGAAGCUUCUGAGCUCCCCAUGCUGAUCGGUUUCGUUCCACCAUGCAUGACAUUCUGCUCAUUUUCACUUCAAUUCAACUCUCCGCGCAUUAAUCUCGCA